AUGCAAAGGGAAAAUUCCAAUUCUCCCCUGUUGAGUCAGCUUGGUGGUUUGGAUGAUGUUUUCCUGACUGAUAUGUUCUUCAAUGCGACACAUGUGUCCUGGAUGAGUGCUUCUUCCGACUCACGAAAUGCACCGUCUGGUCGAGUUCCAAGCAGUCGGGUCUGCGACCGGUGUAUAUGGAAAAAGGUCAAGUGUAAGAAACAAGCUGCGCGACAAGUCGGACUGUUCACUACUUACCCCGUACACCAGGCGACUUACAGCGUCCGAGUUGUUCUCGUUGCCGCGAGGUUGGCUGGCCUUGUGUUUACUCCUCUACGAGACGGAAGCCUGGUCCUCCUCUGGGCUCUCAUCGGAAAGCAUCUUCCAGGCCUGCACCAGACUGAUUCAGCAGUAGGUACUCUGCAACGUACGGUCACCUUGGAAGAGAAUGAGAUUCCACCUGGGGCCGGGUCCCCUUGGAUGGGCCUUGCUGUGGGUGAAACACAUAAUCGCUCCUCUCAAGGCAAUGACAUUGCCUUGUCAAACCUACCUUUGCAUCCACAGGACGAACGACAAAUACUCGAUGAUUUCUUCGAGUACAUUCACCCGUCCGCCUUCCUAUUUCGGAAAGAAGAGUUCUUCCGGCAAUUCCAACGCCAAUCGCUGAGUCCAAAUCUGCUGCAGACGAUUUUCGCUGUGUCUCUCAAGAUCCUGAAUCCACCUACAAUCGAUCCUGCCGUUCCCAUUGACCUGGAAUCCCUCCGAAAUACGUUGAGCAACUCGAAUAGCGUUCUGCAAGGAAACGGCAAUGGGCCUGCGCCGUUGGAUGUCUUUCAGCAGGCGUGCCUGCUCGCCUACUAUGAGUUCCAUCAACAUCCAGGAUCGCGAGCUUGGCUUCGCAUCGGUCAGCUGACCAGAGAAGCCUAUCGGUGUGGCUUGCACCAACUCGACAACCGAAACCAAUGUCCGCUGUAUAGCUUUUUCGGCGACAUUCCUGCUGACCAGCUGGAGGAGUGGCGACGCGUGUGGUGGUUUGUCUACUGCCUGGACUCGUAUUCCAACAUCACUGCUGGGACUCCCUUCGUAAUCGAAACAGAUAGCAUCCAAACCGCGCUUUUUGGAGCGACUUCAGCGGACGAAUCGAAUGCAUCCGGUCGAAUAUUCCUGCCUCCGGACACCGGCGAGCUGUGGAAAACCACAAAGAAUGUUGUAACUCGCGGACAGGAAAUCAAUCUCAAUCUUCACUUGGUGACGGCAAUGGUUCUUCGAGAAGCUGCUACUCUCCGCCGUCUGCGAGCACAAGAAUCAUCCGAUCGUCUCGAUGCGCGUCUCUGCGAUGUCAAAGACCACCUCUCUUCGGUCCGCCUCGCCUUACCGGCCCGUUAUUUGAGUCCCAGUCGAAACACCGUUAGCAACGAAUCGCAGUCAGAACACCAUGACCGGAUGAUCUGUAUUCUUCACCUUCAUAUUGCUCGCAUUUUGAUGUCUCUUCCCCCAUUUCCGGCCCAGGAGGCCAACACCGCCGACGCUGCAUGGUUUGAGAACUGGCUGGCGAGUCUGGAAUACUGUGAGGACGUUGUCUCUGUAGUCCGUGAAUGGGACGGCUCCUUCUCGUCCCGGACAGAUCCAGCUGUGUGUCUUAUCGUCUUCACCGCUCUGAUCGUGUUGUAUCUCCAUCAGGAAUGUCAGGUCCCUGUUCCUAAUAUCCACGAAAGAGUUGCGAAGCACAAUGAAGCCCUUGAGCUGUUCCUCGACCAAUUUGCUUCGCUGUGGCAUCUUCCGGCUUUUUUAAAGGUAUCCGUUGAGAAAUUCAAGCAGCGUUACCCUGGUCCUCUGGAUCCCGCAACGGUGGAGCAGAUCAUAAGGCAAUUUACCGCCCCUCUGCAUUGGCAGCUUCGAACUGCUGUGUAA